AUGGCGUCUUUGGGUGAUUCUGUGAAGCUCCCAUGUGGGCUGACUUUUUCUAACCGCCUCGUCAAGGCCGCAAUGGCCGAAGGUUUGGCCGGGUUCUCAAAUAUCCCUACUCCGCAGCUCCUCAAUGUCUAUAGCCAAUGGGCUAAGGGCAAUUGGGGCUCUGUCCUGACAGGCAAUGUCCAAGUCGACGUGAACCACCUAGGAACGCCCUUUGACCCUGCACUGUCAGGCGAAUACACCGACGCCGAAACCAACAAGGACCUCGUCGCGAUGUGGAAGAAGUACGCCGAUGCAGCCCAGGAACAAGGCACCCCGACGGUAGUCCAAGUCUGCCACCCUGGUCGGCAGUCAAUGCGCUUUGCAGGUCGCAAGGGGAUGUUUGCCUCAACGAUCGCACCUAGCCCUAUUCCCUUAGACAUGGGUGAUAGCUUCACGCAGCGCUGGCUGGGCUGGUUUAUGUUUCCGCCACCGAGAGAGAUGACGCAGGCCGAUAUCGAUCUCGUUACGCGACAGUUUGUCGAUACGGCCCGAUUGAUGGCCGAUGCUGGGUUUUCAGGCAUUCAAUUGCAUGGUGCUCAUGGGUAUCUGAUCGACCAAUUCCUCAACCCCAAGAGCAACAUUCGCACAGACGCCUACGGCGGCAGCGCCGAAAAGCGCGCAAAAUUCGUCCUCGACAUCAUCCACCAAAUCCGCUCGGUCGUCCCCUCCACAUUUUGCAUCGGCAUAAAGCUUAACUCAGCCGAUCACAACUCCUCCAGUUUCGAGGACACAAUGACACAAAUAGGUCUCCUAGCCGAAGCAGGCAUUGACUUCCUUGAAGUUAGUGGCGGGACUUACGAAGAUCCUAAGAUGAUCAGCGGCGGCGCGCAACACCAAAAGUCCGCGCGCACAAUCGCCCGAGAGGCCUUCUUCCUCGAAUUCGCCUCCGCCGUGCGCAGCCGGUACCCCUCCGUCGUCCUCAUGCUAACAGGCGGGUUCCGCACGCGUGCUGGCGCCGAGUACGCCCUCUCCCAAGGUGCAUGCGAUCUCGUCGGCAUUGGGCGACCUGCAGCCGUCGACCCUGCUUUCCCGCGACUGUUCUUGGAUGAAGGUCUUAGUGAGGAUGAAGCGCAGUUGAAGCUGAACAAGGUCACUCUGCCGUUUUGGGCGAAGUGGAUUCCGAUUGUUGCUGUUUCUGCCGGGGCAGAGUCUACGUAUUAUGCGGACCAGAUCCAUCGGUUGGCGAAGGGGCUGCGGACUGUUCUUCCGUUGUGA